AUGGACCAAUCAGACAAAGCAUGUUCCAAAGCUGAUGAGACCAAGUGCCAAGCUCAAGAAAAGGCUAGCUGCAUGGAAGAGAAAGCAACCAAUGCUGCCCAAUCUGCCAAGGAAUCAUGCAAUGAGACUGGUCAGCAGAUGCAGGCUAUGGCCCAAGAUGCUAGUGAGGCUAUUAAGAGUACAGUUGGAGCCCAAAAAUGAAGCAAUCAAGAACUUUAGUCUGGCCCAAUUCAGUUCUUGUUGAUGGCCCACUGUAAUAAUUCAUUUUUAUAUUUUUUUCCUUUUUUUAAAGAAUAAAUAAAUCUAGCUAGUUUAUGCCUUUAUUUCUCUCUCAUCUUGUUGAUGAAGAGUUAAUUUGUUGUUUGUCAAUAAUUUUAAUUAAUAGACAAUAAUUAUUGCUUC